AGCCCAUCACUGACUGAGAACGGGCUCAGCUGCCUGCGCUGUACGUCACAGUCUUGCGCUCACACUGCAGCAUCACUACCAAAGCGACUGACUUUGCCGGCUGAGCGACAAGAUACCGCAGUUUGAGUCCUGAUGACAGCUGCAGUGCGGGGGGAGGUUCUGUGCAUGUACCGCAGAGUGCUCCGGAUCGCUCGGGGAUGGCAGUCCCAGUCCGGCCUGGCUCAGGAGACAGACGCAGAGAAGCAGUACAUCGUCCAGGAGGCCAGCACCUUGUUCAGGCAAAACAAGGAUAUCACUGACUCAGAGUUGAUCAAAAAAUGUAUUGAAGAAUGUCAUGCAAGAAUAGAAAUGGGGUUGCAUUACAGGAUUCCAUAUCCCAGGCCGACACACCUGCCUCCCAUGGGCCUUGCCACCCAGCACGGACGCAAAAUGCGCGGUCAAGAAAGACUGAGGAAGCAAGCAAAGCCCAUCUACUUACACUCCCACGACGAAACAUCAUGACCCUUUCAUGCUAAGGCUGACAUGUAUAGAUACUGUUCAUGGAACGUCUAUACGGGUAGGGAGAGUGCUUGCAGAUCAUGAUGGCUACAUUUACAAGUGGGAGGAUUUAAUUUGUUUUUCCAGACUUAUGAGUUAAAGCAUGACAUUAGGCUGUACUACCCUUGCCUAUGUUAACAUGUUUUCUAGAAUGUAAUUCCAUUUGUAAAGAUGUGUUUAGGAAACAAACAUCUGUACAGUGGAUCUCUCAAGUAGCCUAUGCUUGCAUGUAUACACAAACAUGUGCCUUUAAAUGACACCAUACUAUCCACAGGGCAGCAACAGGGCUUUUAAUACUUAUAUCCUGUCUUAUCUGAUUUUCUGUUUUUAUAUCUGUGUAUAUAUUUGUGAACAAUUUUUUUUUUCAUUUGACUGUGGUAAAAUGAAUGUUGUCAAAAAACAAACACAUUAAACUGAUACAUGUA